GUAGUGUGAGCCGCAUCGCAAGCGAGGCCGACGCGUGACCGACUGGAAACUCCCCGAACUCCCGACGAGCCGACGACCACCGCCUCCCCUCCCCUCCCCUCCAUUCGCCGCGAUGGUGAUCGACGCCGCCGCGAUGGCCGUCGUGAAGGCGGCGCGCCCGGCCUUCCGCGGCGCCCACGACGGGGUCGCCUUCGCCGCCAACGCGGCGUUCCUCGCCGCCGGCUACUCCCUCUGCGCCGUCGGCCCCGCCGCGCUCACCGACCCCCCGCCGUCAGGUGAGGAAGAGGUCGGGAUUGAUGGUUGGAACAACAUGGAGAAUUGUUAUGCAUUUUUGUACAUUAAGGAGGAAAAGGGCAAGAAGAAGCGGGUCUUGAUGAAAUGCCUGGUAAUUGGUGACGUCCUUGCCAUUGAUGUGCUGGAUCUUGAGGCACAGGACAAAGGCCCUUAUAAUAUCCAGAUCAAUGUGAAGGAUUUCUUCUCUGAGGAGCAACCAAAGAAUUAUGGGGACAUGUAUAAAAAUUUUGCCGGCUUAAUUGAAACCAUGAACUCAAAUGCAUUAUGCAAAUUGGAUGAGAAGGAUGCUGGUGCUGCCAAGAACUCUGAAGUUGAGACUAGUUCAUCAAUACACAGAUCUGAAAAUCCUGGCCUGAGAACUGCUGAACCUGCAGGCUUAGUUUAUCCUCCGAUAGCUCCACUUGGUCAUGAUGAUGCCUUCCCUGGUCCUGGCGCGGGCAUCUAUCCUUAUAGUGGUAUUGGUGGGGGUGGCAGCAUGCAUGUUGGUCCAAAUGAUCCACGCUUUUUUCCUUCUAAUCCCUUUCCUGCGCCCUUUGGUGGCCCUGGGAGUAUUCCACCGGGUAGUCGUUAUGAUCCGAUUGGUCCACCAGAUGUUCCAGGAUUUGAACCUUCUCGCUUUGUGAGGCGUCCAAGGCCUCCGGGUGGGAGCGCUCACCCAGACCUCGAGUUCUUCCAGCCGGGGCCACACGGCCCCUUCUAAGAUUCAGAGGCCUGCUCUCCACCGUUUCUGAAUAACCCUGCGUUGUUUCUCAUGCUGAUCCAAAGAGCAGUUAGUGAGAUAGAAGUCAUAGAACUGCUACAUGGCAAGUAGCCCUGCCAGACAAUGCCUGUAAAAAUGGAUGCCGACUCCUGUAUUUAUCCUCAGUCGCAGUUUACCAUAUAGUAUGUAAUUGUAUUAACCUAUCUCCAUCACCCUUGCACACCUGUACUAAUAGUGACCUGUGGGAUGGAUUGCUGAUGAAAUGCGCACACCCUGUGGAAAAGCCUCCCCUGUCGUCUCUCGCAGGUGCAUCUUCAGCAAGCAGCUGCAGGAAUAUACCAACAUCCUGUGGUGCCAUCCACAUUGGUGUCGUUAAAUAACGUGCCUGAGAAAGUAGUGCACAGAUGUUAGUGGCAGAAACAGGCCAAAGUGACGGCAUUAGUUUUUGUAAGGCCAGGACCUGGUAUGGUCCGGUGGUUUUGCGAGCAUGUUUUGUUUUUGCUGACCCAGGAGGAGGGUGCUCCUGAGUCCCUGACCCAGGGUCUUUUCGCUCUUUUUCCCUUUGGUCUCUUCGUCCUGUGCGUUGUUGUUGUAUGAUGCCAUGAUUGUUCUCGCCUCCUGCAAAUGCAGUGGUGCUCUCCUGGGCUCACUCACUCCCCCUUGUGUGCCUUUUUGGUUUCCCAGUUUAAAUGUCAUAAUAGUACA